AAUAUUUCAAUUACCUUUUACUUAUAUUGUUCGUUAAUUACACGAGCAUUUUAGUUUCUAUUCUGACUAUCUGAAGUUGGCGCGAAUGAAAUCGAGGUUUAUGUUCGGUGGAAUGAAUUUUUUUGCAUUUACAUAAUUAUUUAUGAGCCAGAGGCUUGCUCAGGUGUUUUAUGGAAAGGAAAGUUAAUUAGUGUGAUUAGACAAUAAUUGACCAUGGGGCUUAUCAGGUUUGCUGCGAAGUCUAGUUUGACUGGUGGAUUUAUUUAUUAUACAGUUCAGGGGGGGUUGUGGUCCUCUCCUGAGGACUCUAUAAAAUUCUACCAGGGGAUUUAUAGUAAGAUUACACCGUACAUUAAGGAGUAUGCCAGCCCGGAUAUUACUGCUGGGAUAGCCACGGUACCAAGUGCAACUACAAUGAUCGGUUGUUCGAGGGGUGUGUGGAAUAAGGCCGUUAAAAUAAGCUUUAGAUUUCUCUCGGAAUUGCCUGCUCACAUGUCAAAUGGUAUUGACUCUUUGAUGUCACUGCCAGCUGUCAGAGAUUCUAUAGAGAGUAUAAAAGGAGCAGAUCAAGCCCCAGCACAAGUUAAACCACAAUGAAAUCCUUUUCACGUACUUUAAUUUUUAUUUCCCUUUUCUAAGGGGUUAAAACUCUGUAGAAAUCACCACCAAAUAUUUUUGCGAUUUUUUUUUCAUUUGGAGCUGCGUCUUACAGAUUUUUAAUAAGACUUCAUAGUAUUUAUGUAUAAAUAAUGAAAAGAAGAAAUAAAUCAUGUCAGUGGCAAAAUGUUUAA